UUGAUGCUCGCUUCGACGCUUUGACUCUCCAACCAGCUGCUUCCACUGCAGCAGACGUCUUCUGCUCAGCGUUCCUCUCAGAGUUUUGGGUAGACAAGCAGGCUGGAGGGAGGCCUCGGGUCCAGUCUGCUGAGGAGGAUUUCUUCCAGGAAGUCUAACCAGCGUAACAACCAGCGUCUUCAACCAGAAGAGGCCAAUGAAAUGGGGGGAAGUGGAGAUGACAGCGGGCCGGGGAGGCUGAGCCGCAGGUUGUCUCGCCUGGGCAGCAGGCAUCAGUCCAGGGAUCCUCCGAGACCUCCAGCUCAGCCGGAGAGACUUCCUGCUCCACCUGACAGACAAGAUGACCGUGCUUCUCCACCAGCUCCUACUCCACCUCCAGCUCCGGCUCCAGCUCCUCUCCCCCCUCCUGUAGAAAUGCCACCUAAACGCCCAGACAAAGCCACAAAGCCCAAACUUCCCCCUCGGCCGCUAGCCAAGGUGUUCAGUAGCUCUCUGCAUGGAGCAGCCGUGUUGCAGGGCUUUGAUGCUUUUCGGGCAGACGAGACUCUCUGUGAUGUCAUUUUGGUUCCUGGAGACAGCAAAGAGACUUUCCCCGUCCACAGAGUCAUCAUGGCUUCAUCCAGUGACUAUUUCAAGGCAAUGUUCACAGGAGGCAUGAGGGAGCAGGAGAUGAGAGAGAUCAAGCUGCAUGGGGUUACUAAGUCUGGGUUAAAGAACAUAAUAGACUUCAUUUACACAUCCAAAGUCAGCCUCGACAUGGGUAAUCUCCAGGACACGCUGGAGGCUGCAAACUUCUUGCAGGUCAUGCCCGUCCUGAGCUUCUGCAAUCAGCUUCUGAGCAGCGAGAUCACUAUUGAUAACUGUGUGGAAGUGGAGCGUAUCGCCACAGACCUGCUCCUGGAGGACGUUCAGCUGAAUAUAGGUGAGUUUGUGAGCCAGAACCUCUCGGCGUUGGUGGAGUGCGGCCGCUACCUGCAGCUGUCUGAAACCAGCAUGGCCAACGCCCUCGCCAACAACUCCCUGAAGGGUUUUUCUGAGAUGGAGCUCUACCACAUCGCCAGAGGAUGGCUGGAACACAACAUCCCCAUUCACCACUCCUCCGUCUAUGCUUUGAUGCGCAACAUUCGCUUCCCGCUGAUGAGCCCCAGUGAGCUGAUACAGAUCUCCCAGGACGACGAAGAGGGAGGAGACUCCAUGAUGCGCUCUGAGACGGCCUGUGUCAACCUCCUUCUGGAGGCCAGCAACUACCAGAUGAUGCCUUUCAUGCAGCCAUCUCUGCAGACCGAGCGGACACAAAUACGCUCAGACGACACCCACAUUCUGGCUUUGGGCGGUGUGAUGCGACAGCAGUUGGUGGUGAGCCGGGAGCUGAGGCUGUAUGAUGAAAAGACGGGCCACUGGAGAGCGCUCAGGCCCAUGGAGGUGCCGCGUUACCAGCAUGGGGUGGCUCUGCUCGGCGGCUUCCUCUUCAUUGUUGGAGGCCAGAGCACUUAUGACACCAAAGGUAAGACGGCCAUAGACAGCGCCUACCGCUACGACCCGCGCUUCGACAAAUGGCUUCAGAUUGCUUCACUCAACGAGAAGAGGACUUUCUUCCACCUGAGCGCUCUGAAGGGGAAACUGUUUGCAGUCGGAGGAAGGAACGCCUCAGGAGAGAUCGACACGGUGGAGUGCUACAACCUGAAGAAAAAUGAGUGGACAUUUGUGACCAACAUGGUGGAGCCUCACUAUGGACAUGCUGGGACAGUCCACGGGGACCUCAUGUACAUCUCGGGUGGCAUUACUCGUGACACCUUCCAGAAGGAGCUGUGGUGUUACGAUCCCACUGCCGACAAGUGGAGUCGUCGUGCCGACAUGAUGGAGCUCCGCGGCCUGCACUGCAUGUGCACCGUAGGCGACAGACUCUACGUCAUGGGCGGGAAUCACUUCCGAGGCAGCAGUGACUACGACGACGUCCUGGGCUGCGAAUACUACAGCCCAGACACGGACCAGUGGACAGUGGUGGCACCAAUGUCACGGGGCCAGAGCGACGUCGGCGUGACGGUGUUUAACGGGCACAUUUACGUGGUGGGAGGAUACUCGUGGAACAGCAGGUGCAUGGUUGACAUUGUGCAGCGGUACGAUCCAGAGCAGGAUGUGUGGGACAGAGUGUUCAACGUGCUGGAGCCUCUGGGGGGGAUUCGUGCCUGUACGAUGACCGUUCAUCUGCCAGAGGGGUCAGUGGACGAGGCUCAGAUACAGGACUGUCCGCUGCCAACGGCUAAGAGCUGAUACUGCACCAAAGAAGGGGGCUUUCUGACUCUGUCAGACCAGAAUUGGCAUGACAAAAUUAAGCUGCAUGCUGCGGUGAAAAAAAGGCAAAACAGGAAACAGCGUGGGCUGUAAGCAGAAGCAGGUGCAAAGCUAACAUUAGCAUUCAACAGUUUGAAAGUUCUUCAUCUGUUUAUAACCUUAAUGCUUUUUCAUGUCCUUGCACUUAGUGUGAGCGAUGUAGCAUUUGUCCUCCCUCACUCAUUGGUCUCUCACUCCUCAGUUUUAGCAAUAUAAAUAUCAAUGAAAGAUCAGACCCAAACUCCAUCUCAAAUUGGCUUUGAUCAAUUGGAAACUAAGUAUUUAUUUUUAGCAGGUCAAAGUGACUAAAAGCAAUCAGAUUAACCCUGUAGAAUAGACCAAAUAGACCAAAAACAAUGAUCCUUUAUCCUGUUAACACUGUGGCUCUCAGUUGACUGUCAGCCGAACUCUUUGUGUCACACACGGAUGGCAAAAUGUCAUUAAGGAACUUAAAUUGGAAAUUCUUCUUGGAAAAUCUGUUAAUUAGGCUUGUAAAAACCACAGAAAGCCAUGAUUUUCCAAAUAAAAGUGAGCCCAUCAAAGCAGAGAUUCAACACAUAUGUACAGAAAUGCUUGAUUUGUUAUGUUUUGUAUGUUUAUAUAUAUGCAGAGUUAUGAAAAUAAAAUAAAAUGUUG